ACAACUUCAAGGGACGAGUACGAGAUUAGAACUCCGCUCUCAGGGUGCUCUUUAGGGUACUCUUGGAACCUGACACUUCGCAUAUCGUCCAAUACCAUCCGAGCACAGGCACUGGGGCUCCACCGUCAGCUAGGAACGACUAUCAGAGGGGCCUAGGAAUAUUGUCAGAAGGGCCUAGGAACCACUAUCAGAGGGGCCUAGGAGCAACUAUCAAAGGGGCCUAGGAGGCACCAUCAGAAGGGCCUAGGGACGACUUUUAGGGUGGUCAUGUCCUCGCGCCGGGUUGGCUUGUCGUCACCACACUGGUUACGUUCUUGGCCGGGUCUCUACCACGUGCAUUUUAUACCUUAAACUUGCGGCUCUUAGCGCGUACAAAAGGUUGACAUCUGACCGCUGCGUCACCGUCUAUGCACGCCCAGGACCAUGUCCAAAGUCUCCGGCCCGAAACGGGUCGUUGUAACCUCCGCCGCGAAACCCGGAGAUCCAGUGUCCCGAAUAUCGUCGUACGGCGUGGAAUGGUCCGGCGUGGACCGCGAUUGGGCUCACAGGGACGGUCGGCAUGAGAGGGACGUACGGGGGGAGGCGGAAGAUGAGGCGGAAGCGCAAGCGGAAGCGGAGGAAUGGGAGGGGGAAGAAGAGGAGGAGGAGGAUCCCGUGUGCCCGCUGUGCAUCGAGCACCUGGACAAUACCGAAGUUCGAUUCCGACCCUGUCCCUGCGGGUACCGCGUGUGUCUCUUCUGCUACGAGCGCAUCAAGCUGGAGCUCAACAGCCUCUGUCCCAGCUGCCGCACCCCCUACGGCGUCCCCCAGCCCCCCUCCCCUGCCGCUGCUGAUAGGCCAUCUGUAGCAGCCGGGGCAGGCGGGACAGGUGGAUUCGUAGGGUCAACUAGAGCCGCUUCAGGGAAGAAGACGAAGGGCACGGCCAAUGGGCGCGUGACAGGUGGCAGCGGCUGGUGGGAGAGCGGUAAAGGGGUGGAGAGGGUCCGUGGUGGUGGUGUUGUUGUGGGAUAUGGAGGGGGAGGUGUGUGGGGAGGAGCCGGAGGGGGGGUGAUAGUGGUGAGAUCGUCUGCUGGGGCUGGCAGGCUGUCUGUGAGUGGUGCGACUGGGAGGGCUGAUGGCCUCGGUGGAAUUGCUAAUGGCGUUGGUGGUUCUUCUCCUGCUGCCACAGCUGCCGGUGGUGGUGGUGCUGCUGCUGCUGCUGGGUUUGGUGCUGGUUUCAGCGGCGGCGGUUUUGGCAGGAUGAUUGGGGGAGUGAGGGGUUUCAAUCCGCCUAUUUCCGCCAUGGCGUCUUCGCCUCUCAUGCAGCUCUCGCCCUCCUCUCCUCUCACUGGGUCCCAUAAGUCCGUGUGGGAAAGGCCCACUGCUCUCACGCACUCCCCUCUCUCCUGGGUGUCCACGUCAUCCCUGUUGGGCCACCAUGCCCCUCUCAACUCCACGUCAGCAGCUGUUGCCACGUCUGCUGUUCGUUCUACUUCGUCCUCUUCCUCUACUUCCUCCUCCUCCUCCUCCUCCUCCUCCUCUGCUCCCUCCUCCUCCAUUCCCUCCUCUGCCGUUUUCCUCUCACACUCAGCCCCAAGUAACCUCGCCCCACUAGCAGCUACAGUCUCUUCGGCUACAGCCAUCGCUACAGUACCCGCUGCUACAGUGCCCGCCGCUACAACCGCUGCCGUGGAGCGCGCUCUAGCAUCUGUAGCCACGGGUCAAGCCAGGCGCCCAGGUCAGGUGCACGGUCAGGUGCAGGUUCAGGGUCAGGGACAACAAGGGCAGGCACAGGGGCAGGGGCAGGGGCAGGGGCUGCAGGGGCAGGGAGUGCAGGGGCAGGGAGUGCAGGGGCAGGGAGUGCAGGGGCAGGGAGUGCAGGGGCAGGGAGUGCAGGGGCAUGGGCUGGUCCAGGUAGGGCCGGUGAUACUGCAGCAGGGGCUGCGGGGCACCAGCCUAGCAGCAUCGCUGCCUGCCAGGAUCAGAGUGACAGGGGAUGGCGUCCUGGCUGCGCCCUGGCCGCUGUUGGGAGUGGUGGGAUACUGGCAGGAUCUGCGGGUGCUGUCAGUGUUCCAAGUGUGGGGGGUACUGCUGCAAGAGGGGGAGCAAGUGGUUUGAUUAGUGCUGCUAGUGUUGCCUCUAGUGGGUUGAUUGGUUCUGGUGGUGUGUCAAGUGGUGUGUCAAAUGGUGUGUCAAGUGGUGUGGCAAGUGCCCUGGUCGCUUCCUCCGGUGCUGCCACCAGUGGGCUGAUCAGCUCUGCUGCUGGCGCGACCAGAGGCACUCUGACUGGCACGGCGGGAACGGUCAGUGCAGUCGGUGGUGUUCUGGUUAGUGCUGCU